GAGCGGCACGGCGGCGUCGGUCCGGGUCGGAGUCUGAGUCUGAGGAGCCGGAUCGGAGUCUGAGGAGGACCGGGCGGAGGAGGAGGAGGAAGGCAGAGGAGGAAGGCGAGGAGCCGUCGCUCAGCCGCGUCCGUGGCGGCUGCGAGGAUGGAGGCCCCCUGCCCGCGCCCCGCGCCGGCCCUCGGCGGCCCCGGCCCGCUGGGCGAGUUCCUGCCGCCGCCCGAGUGCCCGGUCUUUGAGCCCAGCUGGGAGGAGUUCGCCGACCCCUUUGCCUUCAUCCACAAGAUCCGGCCCAUAGCCGAGCAGACCGGGAUCUGCAAGGUGCGGCCGCCGCCGGAUUGGCAGCCACCAUUUGCAUGUGAUGUUGACAAACUGCAUUUUACCCCACGUAUCCAGAGGCUGAAUGAAUUGGAGGCUCAAACUCGUGUAAAAUUAAAUUUCUUGGACCAGAUUGCAAAGUACUGGGAAUUACAGGGAAGUACCCUGAAAAUUCCACACGUGGAGAGGAAGAUCUUGGACUUGUUCCAGCUUAAUAAGUUAGUUGCAGAGGAAGGUGGAUUUGCAGUUGUUUGCAAGGAUAGAAAAUGGACCAAAAUUGCUACCAAGAUGGGGUUUGCUCCGGGCAAAGCUGUGGGCUCACACAUCAGAGGGCACUAUGAGCGAAUUCUCAACCCCUACAACUUAUUCUUGUCUGGAGACAGUCUGAGGUGUCUGCAGAAGCCAAAUCUGACCACAGACACCAAGGACAAGGAGUACAAACCCCAUGAUAUUCCCCAGAGGCAGUCUGUGCAGCCCUCGGAAAUGUGUCCCCCAGCCCGGCGAGCAAAACGCAUGAGAGCGGAGGCCAUGAAUAUUAAAAUAGAACCAGAAGAGACAACAGAAGCCAGAACUCAUAACCUGAGACGUCGAAUGGGAUGUCCGCCUCCAAAGUGUGAAAAUGAGAAAGACAUGAAAAGCAGCGUCAAGCAAGAACCCAUUGAGAAGAAAGAGUAUGUUAUAGAAAGUGAGAAGGAAAAACCCAAGAGUCGAGCUAAGAAAACCACCAAUGCUGUGGACCUGUACGUCUGCCUCUUGUGUGGCAGUGGCAGCGAUGAGGACCGGCUCCUCUUGUGUGAUGGGUGCGAUGACAGUUACCACACCUUCUGCCUGGUCCCGCCUCUCCACGAUGUUCCCAAGGGAGACUGGAGGUGUCCUAAAUGUCUGGCUCAGGAGUGCAAUAAGCCACAAGAGGCAUUCGGCUUUGAGCAGGCAGCCAGGGACUAUACCCUCCGUACAUUUGGGGAAAUGGCAGAUGCGUUCAAAUCUGAUUACUUCAACAUGCCAGUCCAUAUGGUUCCCACAGAACUGGUUGAGAAAGAAUUUUGGCGACUGGUGAGCACCAUUGAGGAGGAUGUCACAGUGGAAUAUGGAGCUGAUAUCGCUUCAAAGGAGUUCGGCAGUGGCUUCCCCGUCCGAGAUGGGAAAGUCAAGCUUUCACCUGAGGAAGAGGAAUAUCUUGAUAGUGGCUGGAAUUUGAACAACAUGCCAGUGAUGGAGCAGUCUGUCCUUGCUCACAUUACUGCUGACAUAUGCGGCAUGAAACUCCCUUGGUUGUACGUGGGAAUGUGCUUUUCUUCCUUCUGCUGGCACAUUGAAGACCACUGGAGCUAUUCCAUCAACUACCUGCACUGGGGUGAGCCGAAGACCUGGUAUGGAGUCCCAGGGUACGCCGCCGAGCAGCUGGAGACAGUGAUGAAGAGGCUGGCCCCGGAGCUCUUCAUCUCCCAGCCCGACCUCCUCCACCAGCUCGUCACGAUCAUGAACCCCAAUACCCUGAUGACUCAUCAAGUGCCAGUUUACCGAACUAAUCAGUGUGCUGGGGAGUUUGUGAUUACGUUUCCAAGAGCCUACCACAGCGGUUUCAAUCAAGGUUUUAAUUUUGCUGAGGCCGUUAACUUCUGCACUGUUGACUGGCUGCCCUUGGGCCGACAGUGCGUGGAGCACUACCGCCUGCUGCACCGCUACUGCGUGUUCUCCCACGACGAGAUGAUUUGCAAGAUGGCUUCCAAGGCGGACGUGCUGGAUGUCGUGGUGGCUUCAACUGUUCAGAAGGACAUGGCAAUUAUGAUUGAGGAUGAGAAGGCUUUAAGAGAAACUGUCCGAAAAUUGGGAGUAAUUGAUUCAGAAAGAAUGGAUUUUGAGCUGUUGCCAGAUGAUGAGCGUCAGUGUGUGAAAUGCAAAACCACGUGCUUCAUGUCUGCCAUCUCCUGUUCUUGUAAACCUGGCCUGCUUGUUUGCCUGCAUCAUGUAAAAGAAUUAUGUUCCUGUUCUCCUUAUAAGUAUAAAUUGCGGUACAGAUACACGCUGGAUGAUCUUUACCCUAUGAUGAAUGCAUUGAAGCUUCGAGCAGAAUCUUACAAUGAAUGGGCCUUGAAUGUGAAUGAAGCUUUGGAGGCAAAGAUCAAUAAGAAGAAAAGCCUUGUCAGCUUUAAGGCUUUGAUUGAAGAAUCUGAGAUGAAGAAAUUCCCGGACAACGAUCUUUUGCGUCACCUCCGAUUAGUCACGCAAGAUGCAGAGAAGUGUGCCUCUGUCGCACAGCAGCUGCUUAAUGGCAAAAGGCAGACGAGAUACCGAUCUGGUGGAGGCAAGUCCCACAAUCAGUUGACAGUGAAUGAGCUCCGACAGUUCGUGUCACAGCUGUACGCCCUCCCGUGUGUUCUCAGUCAGACGCCACUGCUGAAGGAUCUCCUGAAUCGUGUAGAAGAUUUCCAGCAGCACAGCCAGAAACUGCUCUCUGAGGAGAUGCCCAGUGCUGCUGAGUUGCAGGACUUGCUGGACGUCAGCUUUGAGUUUGAUGUUGAACUCCCACAGCUGGCAGAGAUGCGUGUCCGGUUGGAGCAGGCCCAUUGGCUAGAGGAGGUGCAGCGAGCUUGCCUCGACCCCAGCUCCCUCACCUUGGAUGAUAUGAGACGUCUCAUAGACCUGGGGGUGGGUCUGGCCCCAUACUCGGCCGUGGAGAAGGCUAUGGCACGGCUUCAGGAACUGCUUACGGUGUCAGAGCACUGGGAUGAUAAGGCCAGGAGUCUCCUGAAGGCCAGGCCUCGGCAUUCAUUGAGCAGCCUUGCUGCAGUGGUUAAGGAGAUCGAGGAGAUCCCGGCGUACCUGCCCAGCGGCGUGGCUCUGAGAGACUCGGUGCAGAGAGCCAGAGACUGGCUGCAGGAGGUAGAGGCGCUGCAGGUUGGAGGACGGGUGCCUGUGUUAGACACGCUGGUGGAGCUUGUAACCCGAGGCCGCUCCAUCCCGGUGCAUCUGAGUUCCUUACCGAGACUGGAGUCCCUCGUGGCUGAGGUCCACGUUUGGAAAGAAUGUGCUGCCAGCACCUUCCUAACUGAAGACUCGAAGUUUUCUCUCCUGGAGGUUCUGUGUCCUCGAUGUGACGUUGGCCUCUUGGGAUUGAGGAAAAAGCAGAGGAAGUUAAAGGAGCCCUUGCCGAGUGGGAAAAAGAGAAGCCCCAGAGUGGAGAGCCUGAGCGACCUGGAGAGAGCCCUGACCGAGAGCAGAGAGACUGCGUCAGCGAUGGCAGCGCUCGGAGAAGCUCGCAUACGAGAAAUGGAAGCCCUGCAGUCUCUGAGAUUCGUCAAUGAAGGGAAGUUGCUGUCACCUGUGCAGGACGUGGAGCUGAAGGUCUGCCUGUGUCAGAAGGCCCCAGCUGCCCCCAUGAUCCAGUGUGAACUCUGCAGGGAUGCUUUUCACACCAGCUGUGUGGCCGUACCCAGUAUUUCACAGGGCUCCCGCAUCUGGCUUUGUCCCCAUUGUCGGAGGUCAGAGAAACCUCCGUUAGAGAAAAUCCUGCCCCUGCUGGCCUCCCUCCAGCGCAUCCGAGUUCGCCUUCCAGAGGGAGAUGCACUUCGGUACAUGAUUGAAAGAACCGUGAGCUGGCAGCACAGAGCCCGCCAGCUGCUCUCGUCAGGGAACCUCAAAUCUGUGCAGGACGGUGCAGGCUCAGGACUGCUGUGUGGCAGGUGGCAGUCCACUGCGGGGCAGGUGCCAGAGACAGGCAAGGUGUCUCAGCCUCCUGGCGCCACAUCCUUCUCCUUACCCGGUGACUGGGACAACAGAACCUCCUAUUUACACUCUCCCUUCUCUACUGGACGGAGCUGCAUCCCCCUCCAUGGUAUUAGUCCAGAGGUGAAUGAACUGUUGAUGGAAGCCCAGUUGCUCCAGGUAUCCCUUCCUGAAAUUCAGGAACUUUACCAGACAUUACUUGCAAAGCCGAGCCCUGCUCAGCGAGCUGACCGAAGCUCUCCAGUUGGACCUGGCAGUGAGAAGAGUGACAGCUGCCGCGGGAAGCGAGACGGAGUCAGCGGUCUCGAGAGAAAACUGAAGAGACGCCUGGAAAGAGAAGGCCUCUCCAGUGAGCGGUGGGAGCGAGUCACCAAAAUGAGGGCCCCCAAAAAGAAGAAAGUCAAACUGAGCCACCCCAAGGACACGAACAAUUUCAAGUUAGAAAGAGAGCGUAGCUGUGAGUUAGUCCCUUCCGGCGACACUCACUCCCUGCCCUCGGACACGUCCUGCUCCGAGCAGGAGGACUCUGAGGAUGAAGACGCCCUCUGCCCGGCCGUGAGCUGCCUGCAGCCGGAAGGAGAUGAGGUGGACUGGGUCCAGUGUGAUGGCAGCUGCAGUCGGUGGUUCCAUCAGGUCUGUGUUGGUGUCUCUCCCGAGACGGCCGAGAAGGAGGACUACGUGUGCGCGCGCUGCGCUGCGACGGACGCACCAGGCCGGAGAUAAAACACAAACCGCUUAGUGUAAUGCAGGCCUCCAGCCAGAGGAUCUCCAGCCUCAGCAGAGCUGCAGGACUGGCCUUCUAGCCAGCCUGCACAUGGUGCUAUUUCUAUUCCUUACGGGAUCAUUUUUCCAGAACUCUUUGAAAAAAAGAAAAAACGACUAAAAAAAUUUUUGACACUUUUUGUAUUUUUUUCCUGAAGAGCUGUUUGUGGUUAUUGAGGUUUGAAACGCUGACUGUUUUUUGCAGGGGUUUCCACCCAUUUGGAAGGAUUGGAGCUUGCACCUUUUCAUGUACAGCAUUAAAAUCUUACCUCUUUCUGGGAUUUACCGGCUUAAGAGUCCAACUCGGUUUCAGUGCCCAGAAGGGCACCAGAAAUUCCAGUAAAUCCUCAUUUGAGGAGUUUCUCUCUUGUUUACUCUGUUACCAUAUUGGGGAGCUUAAGUUUUUCACUUUUGGGGUUUUUGUUUGUUUCUUUUCUUUAGCCACCUUUCUUUUUCCUGGUAGACUAGGUUUAUUUAUCUAAGCAAUAACUUCCAUGUUGGUUUCAGUGGCUGGAAUUAAAACAAAACAAAACAAACUUCCGAACAGUGUGUUGGUGCUUUAGCAUUUGGCCGAUGUGCAGAAUGCAAACGUCUGGUUUCUAGUGUCACUGGUGAACUGGUGAUGUAGAAAAGAGACUGCUCUGUAAGUACCUGCCACAGCUGUAUUUUGCUUUCUCCCUGCCCCUCCCCUCCUCUCCUCUCUACUAUUUUUUUGGUAGCUUGUGUCAGAUGUUGCAAUUUAUAUUGUGGAAUAAAUCCUUGGUCCUAAGAGAACACUAAAUGCUGGUUAUUUAGAGCCAUUACCUACAGCUGCUUCUGCCUCUCCCCCUUGUGGGCUUUGCAGAGCUGGAGGGGGUUGCUUGCUUCUGCCUCUGCCCCACCAGACUACAGUAGCACCGGAUGGUAGCCUGCAGACAUUAGGGGGUUCUUUUGUAUCCUGCUCUGUUCGGCGGGCCAUAAGCCUCCAGUCUCCACUAACAAAGGCCCCCUUUCCUCCUGUCUUCAAGGAGUAGAACCUGUCUUUAAAGCCAUGCUGUAUUUAAAUAAGCUUUCUCAGAAUGUUGGCAAAUCAUUCCAAUCCUCAGAUCAGUUCUCCAUGUGGAAGUGAUGUCUUUAUUAUAUUUGAAUUGACAGGGAAGCCUGGUUUAGGGUUAAGAUGUCAGAAGGAAAUGCAAGGGAAACGCACCCUCGCAGAGGAGAGAGGGCUGGGAGAGUGUGGUUGAGGGAGCACUUGUGAACCCCCAGGUCCUGCCUCCCUGACCGUCGCUGCUGUGACUGGGCAUGCAGCCCUUGGCCUUUCCCUCCUUUUCUUUUACAAGCCUCUGUUCUGCAGUGGAGAAGACGUUCUGGUGAACAGACUCUUGCUUGUUUGCUCCUAUCCUGUUGCUAACACCUGUUUUCCCUACAUUCUAUAGCCAUAAACCCGAAGAUGGGUAGAAAGUGGGUCUUUAAUAAAACAGCAAAAACAGCAGUUUGUGAUGUGGCGGAGAUUUAAAUGUACUAGCCCCUUUUAUGCAAUUCAAAUAAUUAAACCUCUUUAAGAACAACUCCAAA